AAGACAACGAAGAUUCGCGACAACAUCUCCUCAGAGUCCAACCCAAAAGUUCAAAACCCUAAGCUAGAUUCUUUGCAGUUGUGACCGCCUCCAUCAGCAAAAAAAUGGCAAAGGAACAGAACAAAUUGUCCAAGCUAGACUGGUCUCUUCUCCCUGAAGAGUUACUUGACCUUAUCGCCAAGAAUCUGGAGAACGAAGACUACUGUUUCGAUGUUGUUCAUGCUCGUUCUGUUUGCACCUCGUGGCGAUCCUCAUUCCCCUUCCCUUCUUGUCUUUUAACCAUGCGUCAACGUCUUCCUACUUUUAUCGGUUUCCCUUUUGAAAGCAUGUACGGCUCGUUCAUUGUCGAGAAGAUACCUUUGUUUCUCUUAAGAGUUAAAGCUCCUGCUGCUGUGUCGCCUUCUGAGUAUUAUCUUGGAGAAAUAAAAGAACCGAAGGUUCAUACGGAGCUUCCAUCUCCUAUUCAGUGCACACUAAAAAUGACGAUCCCAGAAUCUGGUUCAACGGUGAUGAACAUGCUCGGCUGCCAGAUCAUCUCUUUGGGUCACCAGUACAGAUUAAUAUACGUUUCGGACAGUAAGAUGCCAAGAGGAUACGGAGGUAUGGCUUAUCUUCCGCUCGAGGUGAGAGGAAAAAGAGAAUUCGUUGUGGUCGUCAUUUACAACAGAUAUGUUUUGGCGUUACAAAGUGAGGAUAUGCAGUGGAUGCCGGUUAAUAGAACUACAUGGGAUGCAUGCGAGAGUAUAGUCAGUUUUAGAGGCAAGUUUUAUGCAGUCUUAGGUAACGGGGACAUAUGUGUUAUCGAUCCUUAUUCGCUGCUAGGAACUCCUUUACUGCCCUCAAUUCCUUAUAACUCAUUCAAGUAUCUAGUUCCAUCUGGUGAUGAUGAACUUUUCCUGGUUGAGAAAAUCCUUCCGGUUAAUUAUCGUUUAGUGGAUGAUUUAAAUAAUUUACCCUGUAGAGUAAGAAGGCUAGAUGAGGCGACUGGUACAUGGGUCGUGGUCAGCGAUUUGGGUGGCCGUGUUUUGUUUCUUGGAGAGCUUGGGAAUAUCUUUUGCUCAGUUAAGGAGCUUCCUGAUGGUUGUGGUAUAAGUGGGAACUCCAUUCUCUUCACCAAUGAGUAUGUCGAUGAAACUUUCGCCUAUAAAUAUGGAGUAAAUACAGGAAAUGCGGAUGACGACCUUAGCUUUUGGAGAUCCUCAAGAGAGAAUCUUGUUGAGAUUCUCACCAAUACUCCUCCGGUGGUGGCUCUCUGGAUUGACCACUAAGCUGUUGAAUCUUUACUUUAUAUACUUGAGACUUUGUGGGUUUGUAUAAUUUGGUCAAGAAACAUGUACUAUAUCUAAUGCUAUUAAGUGUAACAGUAUUUAAAGUCCUCCUCGAGUCAUUAGCUAAACACUUUUUUUAUUUCAAUGACUUUUUGAGUAA